GAUUUUGUUUCAGAUAAAAAAUGUAAUCUGAACUAGAAUAAGAACAGGAAUUUUAUUGAAGCAUUAUGUUUAAACACGCUAGGCUACAAAGUGGCACGUCUGAACAGGUGGUUAAAAUCUUGGACAUCACCGAUUUCUGUUCCUACUUAUUUAUCGGGCAGAAAGGAACUGUGAUAUUCCGCAACAGUGAUCUUCAAGAUGAAUUCAAAUUCAAGUGGGAUCUCUGCUCUGAAAAGAAGAAACUGCAUACGACUUGUAUGAAGACCAGAAUAGCUUCCUUUUCAGUUACGGAUGCUUCUUAUUUGGAAGUCAGUAAACAUUACUGUCUAUCGACAACUCACGGAACUUUGCAUUUCAUACACGGAUCCCCAUCAGCUCAUUGGGAGACAUUCAGACUCAUCGAGUUUCCCACUGUUCCGACUUGCCUUGAGAAUAAUUUUCAAAAGACGAACAAAAGCAGUACCUGCCAGUUGUUCAUCGGAGAUCAUAAAGGAAAUGUUUACAUAUUAACUUUUCUUUUCCCGCUUACCAUGUUAUUUGCACGAGAUUAUUCUUUGGGCACGCAAAUAAUUCGUUUUGAGGAUUUAAAGAAGCAUAGGAGCUACAUAAAAUACAGGAAGGUCUCCAGGGUACACUGGGAUGUUAUCGAUAAAAUUCAGCACAUACCACAGCAUGAUUUCUUGAUUUCAAAUUCGAAACUAGAUACGCUAAAUCCUUUGGUCUUGCAAGAUAUUUCGACAGUGCCUUCUUCGAAAACUUACAGACAUAUAAAGGGAGUGACUUGUUUCGACCUGAAUAAUCUUCUGAAUAUCAUUGUCACAGGAAGCAGAGAUUUCAUUAUUCGCACUUGGGAUGUCAGCUUUUGCAGAUAUCCUGUAAUGCUUCUUGAAGGUCACAAGGCUGUUGUCUCCGACUUACGCAUCUGUUCCAAAGGGGACACUCUUUUGUCUAUAUGCAAAGCGGUAAGAAAUUGA